AUGGCCACCCGAAUACUAUCACACAGCGACUAUACGGUGUCAUGGAUCUGCGCUUUGCCGCUGGAAACAGCAGCGGCGAAGGUGAUGUUGGAUGAAGUUCAUGCUUCACUACCGCAACCAGAAGCCGAUCACAACGUCUACACUCUCGGAACCGUCAGCGGCCACAAUGUGGUCGUGGCCUGCCUACCUUUGGGUGUAUACGGAACGAUAUCUGCUUCAAAUGUGGUGUCGCACAUGGUUUCGACCUAUCCGAAUAUCCGGUUUGGAUUGAUGGUCGGCAUUGGAGGGGGAGUUCCCAGCAAGACCGACGUUCGCCUUGGUGAUGUUGUGGUUAGCAAGCCAACUGCUACCUCAGGCGGCGUUAUCCAGUAUGACUAUGGCAAAACACUCAGUGGAGGACAUUUUCAGCGCACUGGAUCUCUCAACAAACCUCCUCCAAUCUUGUUAAAGGCUGUCGCUCAAUUGGAGAGUGACUAUAUGACUGGAAAGAACCUAGUCAGCAAAAUCAUAGGUGAUGCACUGCAGAAAGAAGAAACUAGGAAGUUCUCCCGACCAGAAUACGACUGGCUGUUCCAAUCGACGUAUGGCCAUAAGGGGAACGAAGCGAACUGCUCAGCGUGUGAUCAGAAACAGCUAGUAGAUCGGCCUCCACGAACAACUGCUGAGCCUUACAUUCAUUAUGGCUUGAUCGCUUCUGGAGAUCAGGUCAUAAAAGAUGCGCGGGCCCGAGAUUUCAUUGUCCAAAAUGAAGACAUUCUCUGCUUUGAAAUGGAAGCUGCCGGUCUGAUGGAUGAACUUCCAUCCAUUGCCAUUCGAGGCAUCUGCGACUACUGUGAUUCCCACAAAAAUAAAAAGUGGCAAGAAUAUGCAGCCCUUGCGGCUGCUGCCUAUGCGAAGGCCCUCCUGUCACAGGUUCCUACUUCGUACUCCGGGAAAGGUGCAUCAAAGGAAUCAGUUUGGAUGGUCCCCUUUAGAAAAAGCUCGCGAUUCGUGGGCCGGGAAGAAGAAAUCAGUCAAAUUGAAGGAUGGAUCAUGCAACUGGACAGCCCAGGCAGGAUCGCUAUCUGCGGACUAGGCGGAGUUGGAAAGACCCAAAUCAUACUUGAAUUGGCAUACCGCAUGCGGAAUCGAGACCCUGAAUGCUCAAUUUUGUGGAUCUCAUGCACCAGCUACGAGAGCAUGGAGCAGGCCUAUAUGAGCGUCGCAUUAAAGCUCGGAAUCACGGACCCAAAGCCGGGAGAGGUUAAACAACAGGUCAAGGCUUAUCUUAGCCUGGAAAGCACGGCGAGAUGGCUCCUCAUUUGUGAUAACGCAGAUGAUAUGGAGAUGUGGACAAUGGCAGACUUUCUGCCUGAGAGCGAGCGAGGCCACAUUCUCUUCACCACCCGAAGCCGGCAGAUAGCCGUGAGACUGGCGUCAUCUCAUGUGAUAAUGAUCUCUGAACCGGACACAGAGACUGCUAUUGAGAUCCUACGAAAGUCAUUGAUUGAGACCGACUUGCUCAAUGAUCAUGAGGCAGCCAUUGCCCUCCUUAAAGAGCUUGUCUGCCUUCCUCUGGCGAUUGCUCAGGCGGCAGCGUAUAUCAAUGAAAAAGAUAUUAGACUCUCUGCAUACAGCAGACUCUUACAUGAGAGUGAGCCGGACGUGAUUGAGUUGCUGAGUGAAAACUUUGGGGACGAGGGGCGGUACAAAGAUAUCCAGAAUCCUGUUGCAACAACUUGGUGA